UGUGUUUUCGUUUCGCAUUUCGCGCGGUCGGCGUCGUAAAAAAUAGUAUUUCUACCUGGAGUAUAAGUAUUUUAGUUCAAAGUACCCUUUUUUACAUUUUAUUUUUGUUUGCGAAAUUACUUAUGUAAACAACUGAUUACCCUGUGUAUUGGAGUGUUGUCUACCAUACAAAAUGUUCAUUGAAAAAGUGUAUGGAUUACAUGCGACGAAUAUAAGUCUAAAUGAUCGUUUCUCAAUGCUAGCAGUGGUUCCAGAACGUUUAAUACGUACGCGGAAUCCACAGCCCCGAAGAAACAUUGGCAAUAUUUUAAAUCAAAACCUAAGCUUUAACGAUGGAGACCUUAUAGAACAAAUAGCUAGAAAGAUACAACAAGCCAAAAGGCAAGCUAUAAAACAACGUCUCAGACUGAAUAUACAAAGACAGCAAUUUGGCAGGGAGAACAACUUGCCCACUCUGAGACGUGCAAACAGCUUCAGCAGUCUGAAUCAGAAUCAAAAUAUUAAAAACAGAGUAUUUUGGCAACAGUCAAAUAAUAAUUUAAGUAAUUCCGCAUCAUUUAAUAAUCUACCACAAGGGAACAUGUACGGUCAAGUGCUCCAACGUCGUGGCGGGACCAUUGGCACGCCAAGAACUAGGUUACGUGGUGGUGGAAUGCAGUUUGGUAGAGGUAUGGGUCUCACGGCCAAUAAGCCACAGAUCCGCACUCAAGCACGCAAACAGAAUGGCCGCCGAAGAAUGCGCGGACGAGGCAGAGAUAGUGUUACAAGGAAUCAAGUGAAUGAGAAAGUACCAACAAAAGAAGAAUUAGACGCUCAGCUGGACCAGUACAUGUCAAACACGAAGUCAGCACUUGAUAGAGAUCUAGAUGUAUAUAUGAAGAAUGCUAUGGAAAUGGAGUAGACAGUGACAGUGUUUUGUGAAAGUGUGAUAAAUAAAAAAAAAACUAAAGUACAUUUUUUUCGAACGAAGAUACUGUAUGGACAAUCAUUAUGAACAGUAUAAAGUUUGGGGUGACUAACCCAAGUGUUAUUUUUAAUUUACUACCCACUUUCAUGUUAAACAUGUUUAUACUAAAGCACUAGACAUUUUCUAGUUAAAUUUUUGUAAGCCAUGUAAGAGAAAACUGGGUUAAAGAUGUAUGAAACUGGUUCAAAAGUUAAAGUCCCAGACUUGAACAGUUGAGUUAUGGCUUAACAACUAUAUUUGCAGCUCACAGCUCACCACUAUGUAUAAUAAUUAAUUGAGCCAAUAAUCUGGGACAUGCCUAGUGACUCACAGUUCGCAGCUUGAAACGCAAAUAAUAACUAUGCAGGUACAAAUUAAAAUGACUUAUGAAUCUGUUUACUAAUGUACUUCAUACACAUAUAUAGCUGAUUUGCAGGUCAUCUAUUUUAGUUGACUUACCUAUGACUACUGGGUUUAAAUGACGCGGGAGAAGGCACUGCGUAGCUCAUAACUCAGCCUCCUAAAUGAUUGUUUUCAAGCUCUUUGAAAUAGUAUCAAAACCUAUAUUUUUGUUAUGUUGUAGUUGAAAAUAUUGUAUUAGUGGAAAUGUCUAAUUGUGCAAAGUUUCCAUAUAAAAGUGUGUUGCUGUUCACCCAUAACUCCGUACUGUGGUUAAGCCUGGGUUCACAGACAGGGUGUAGGAUUAGGAAAUGGUCAGACUGCGGAAUAUGAUAGCAAUAUUCCACAACACGACCAGGGCAAGAAGGAGUGAGUGGGGAAUGAUACAGCGGGUGAGAGGGUUAUUAGGUUCUGUUGAUUGUGUUUGUUUUAAUUUCUAGAAAUGUGUAAAUUAAAGUGGGUAGUAGAUAUAAGUUUGAUUUCUGGUUAAAAAUUACUAUGAAUAUUGAAAUAAGAUUUUGUUUUCCUUUGAUUAAAUUCCUUUCAAAAUACUUAUCGGUUAAAAUAUAUUUUGUAUGGGAUAAAAAAAAAUUGCUUGCUACUAACUUAGUUUUUAUACUUUGACAACGUAAUUUACUUUAGUCAUUUUUUUUCUCUGACAUUUGACAAUAUUGACCCAAGAAUGAAACUAGAAUUAAUUAAAAAUCGUAAAGUGACAACCCUAAUAAUUCAUAUGCAUAUUACGAGUACAUAAUAUUAGUUAAAAACUGUGUAAACUUUAAAUACUAAAUAUGUCAAUUUAACUUACCGGCAGCAAAAUGUUUUUUCCCUUGAGGUGAUUUUUUUGACAUGUUUUAAUUACU